CAGGUGUGCGACUCCAUCCAUCCCUUCUUGCUGGUGUGUUUUGUAGAGGGAUAUGAGCUGAAUGAGUUCCUCAGGCGCUGUAUUUGUAGUUAUUCAGAUUUAUGGACGAAACGAGAGCGCGAGAGAGCCUUUGAAGGACGCGUAGAAACAGGAAGGUGAGCUUCUGGUGUCACCUGCAGGCUCAUGUAAUUCACGUCAUGUGUCAGCUGUGUGCUUAGUUUGUGUAUGAGAAAUAAAACAGUUUAAAUUUAAAGUGGGAUUACAGCUGCUGUGCUCAUAAAUCAUUCGCUAUAAUCAUCCAAACAUGGGCUCUACCUUCAUACUGAAAGUCAGAACAUCUCUAAAGUCCUCGCAGCUCUUUUUCCAACAUGGACGUCCAGCUUUCUCCACAUUACAGCCUCCCUGGGUUCUCUCUGUGUGCAGCAGAGAGCCCAGCCUCACCCUGGGUGUCAGACGGACACACAGAAGCAGCAGUGGACAAACUAAAGGGCAGGGUGGGGUUAGAAACAGCACCAUCAGAAGCGGUGAAGAGGAUGGUACAGUGAAUGGAGGAGGAGAUAAGAGGUCUGCUCCCCGGCAGAGGAUCCAUAAAUCUGUGUUUGCUGCUGGAACGGCAAAGAGGACGGCGGAUAUACUGAGGAGGAGGGCGCCUCUGGUCUGUGAGUAUAAGGAUGAAGAGGAGCCUGAACGUAGGUCAGAUAGGGGAGCAGGAAGGCUGCAGCCUCCUGAGCGACCGCUCCCUUCCAAUGAGUGGAAGAAGCUGAAGGAGUCUCAGGGAAAUCCACCUCGCUUUGAAAUCCAAAUGAUGACAGCUCUCUUCACCUCUGGGGGCGAGCUGGAUGUUGCCAAGUCCCUGCUGACUUUUGUAGCCACGGAGACUGGCACACUGUCCUACGAGCUGCUACUGCGAUACCUGACGCUGUGUGUGAGCAGCGGCCAUGACGCUGAGGUGUUUGACGUCUAUGACAUCAUGCGGGGAAGUUUCCCCUCUCUGGACACAGGAGCUUCCAGUCUUUUUAUCAAAGCCUUCAGCCGGACGGCGAGGUGGAGGGAGGCUCUCAACAUCCUGCAGGAGCUCAAGAAAACUUUUAGUCCAUCACCACGCAACUAUGGCGACGUCAUCGCAGCGGCAAUGCAGCACGGUGACACAAGCACUGCCUGGGCUCUUUAUGAUGAGCUAAUUGACAAUGGACUGAGUCCUCACCAGGAGACGUGGGAGACUCUGUUUAAAGUGGCAGGGAAAAAGGAAGGAGAAGAGGGAACGAGUGCCAUGUCACAGGCUGAACAGCAGGAGAGGCACCUGGGAAUUCUGCUGCACAUGAGGAACAACCAGAUCUACCCUCAGCAGAGCCUCGCCAGCAGCAUCAAAAGCUGGUUUGAGAGCCUGACAGGACAGGAAUGGACAGGCAGCUGGACGACCGCCACCCCAAAGGGAGUAUGUAGGAGUUGUGGGUCUGAGCUGGAGUCCAUCCAGCUGACUGCUGAGGAGUACCAGCAGCUUAAAGACAGAGUGAUGACAGACAUCAUUGAGGGACAAGAUGUUUUCACCAAGACGACUCCAGAGGAGCUGCAGCGGUUCAAGUUGUUUGUGAAGAGGAAGCCAGCCUUUGAUGUGGUUGUAGAUGGGCUUAAUGUUGCAAAUAGCAACAAGGACAAAAGCAAGCAGUCAGAGACACUGCUGCUGGUGGUGUCAGAGCUCGUCGACCAUCAGGGCCUGACUGUCCUGGUGCUGGGAAGGAAACACAUGCUGCGACCCUCCAGAUCCUGGGACAGAAACAACAUGAACCUCAUCCAGCAGAAGGCCCACUGUUUCUUUACCGACAAUAUUUCAGAGGAUGACCCCUUCCUGUUGUACGCUACUUUGCACUCUGGGAACCACUGUCGGUUUGUAAGCAGGGACCUGAUGAGGGACCACAAGGCCUGCCUGCCAGAUGGAGCCACCAAGCGGCUCUUCUUCAAGUGGCAGAGAGGGCACCAACUGGUGGUGGACGGGCACGUCACAGCGGGCAGGAGGGUCCGAUUUCAGAGUAUUCCCAGCUAUGACACCAUUGUCCAAACCUCAGGAGGAAACUCAUGGCACAUCCCUUAUGAUGAAACAGAGGACAGGAGCACCUAUGAAGUACCACAACACUGGCUGUGUCUCAACAAAAAGCUCUGAAGACUGUCUUUUUUUUUUACAGUUUGGAAUAUUAAAAAAAAUGCUGGUACUGAAGACUUUUAAUAAAACUGUGGACCUGUAAAUAAACAUUUACCAUCACUGCA